AUGCCAGACAAGAUCACAUGGAAGCGAAUGCACCUGCAUUACCAAAGAUUGACAGUCUUGCCAGAACAGCAAACAGAUAUAGGAAUAUUUAUUGGUCUUUUUCAUUUUAAGGUCUUGACAAGCUUUCGAGAUGCCCUUGAUCAUGUUGUUGUAGAGAACUUUGUGGUGGACUUCGAGCAAGCUGCCUGGUUGGCUGUGAGACAGGUCUUCCCCACAGUCACCAUCAAAGGGUGUGUGUUUCAUCUGACCACGGCGGCGAUUUUCAAGUACGCUGCCAGGUUAGGACUUAAGCCUCGAUAUAUGGAAAGGGGUUCAGUACACAAUUACAUCCGGUCCUUGCUAGCACUACCAUUCCUACCUGCCCAACAUAUUGAACCAGCAUUCGUGGAAUUGGCGUCUCGUGCAAACUCCCCUGCUACUAAGGAACUGUGUUCAUACAUUAAUGAUCAAUGGAUGAACCACCUUGUGUUUGAUAUACCAUCGUGGUCAGUGUUUGGUCUAACAGUGCGCACGAACAAUGACGUUGAGGGCUGGCACAACCGGCUGAACAGUGCUUGUGCUGGCCACACACUUUCCUUCUAUCGACUAGUGCCAGCCCUUAGGAGUGAAGCUGAAUGUGUCGGAUAUGAGGUGGCGCAUGUUCGCCAAGGUGUUUCCACCCGUAGGAUAAGACCAGUGUCAAAGACAAUCGAAAACAAAAUCCAAAAUGUGUUGGAGGAGUAUUCAGCCAAAAACAUUGAAACUGGUGAUUUGCUGAAGGAAUGUGGAAAGAUAUAUGGACCGCAAGUUGAGUGAUGAAUAAGAAAAAUCUGUUCAAAACAGUGCAUUAUUAAAUGUUGAGACAGUU